AAUUAGGUGUCUCGAAAGGAGUCAUCGUUUCUGGCUAAGGGGGUUCUGGACUGCUAUCUAUCCAAACCAAAGAAUAAUGGAAGAGGGGAAAAAAUGAUGCACUAUUGUUUGAUCAUAAAUCAAAUCACGAAAUCAAUUCAGAUGUUUCAAAUUACAAAGUUGUGAAGCCAAAUGAGGACAUAAAACCAGAUGAAUCAACAUUUAUUACUUCUGAGGACAUGAAACCAGAUGAAUCAACAUUUAUAACUUCUGAGGACAUGAAACCAGAUGAAUCAACAUUUAUAACUUCUGAGGACAUGAAACCAGAUGUACCAACAUUGUCACUAGAUGGUACAAAAGAAUCAAAAAUAGAUUCAACAGAUUUAUCUACUAUUUGUGGUGAAAAAGUACCUGUUUUGAAUUCACUGAUUGAUAAUGAUUUGAAAGAGUUGAAAAUGUUAUAUACAAAAUCUUUACACAAUAAACUUCAUUUUAAAGAUAAGAAAGAAUGCAAUAUCUGUCAAAGGAAAUUUUCUUUUUAUUAUUUAUCAGAACAUAAAGCUGCUGUUCAUUCUGGAAUCAAAGAACAUGAAUGUGGUAUUUGUCAUAAAAACUUUUCCAAUAGGAGUGGCUUAUCUAAACAUAAAAAUAUUCAUAAUGGAGUGAAACCAUAUCAAUGUAAUAUUUGUCACAAUAAGUUUUCUGAUAAGUAUUGUUUAUCUGAGCAUUUAAAUAUUCACUCAAGGGAAAAGAUAUAUGAAUGUGAAGUUUGUCACAAAUUGUUUUUUAGGAAGAAUUCUUUAAGUGCUCAUAAAAAAAUUCAUUCUGAAGAAAAACCACAUGAAUGUAAUAUUUGUCAUAAAAAUUUUUCCAUCAUGUCUUCUUUGUCCAAGCAUAAAAAUUAUCAUAAUGAUGCACAGAAAUAUAAAUGUGAUUUAUGUCAAAAGAAGUUUUCAAGUAAGUCUGUAAUAUCUCAACAUUUAACUAUUCACUGUGGUGAAAGGAAUUUUGAAUGCAGUAUUUGUCACAAAUUUUUUUUUCAUAGGAGUUAUUUGUCUACUCAUAAAAGAAUUCAUUCAGAAAAAAAACCUUUUGAAUGUAACAUUUGCCAUAAGCAGUUUUCUUUUAAGUCUUGUUUAACUCAGCAUAAAAUUAAUCACUGUGGAGGACAGCCUUAUGAAUGUGAUUUAUGUCAUAAAAAGUUUUCUAAGAAGUAUUGUCUAUCUCAGCAUUUAAAUCUUCACUCUGGCGAAAGGAUAUAUGAAUGCUCAAACUGUCACAAAUUAUUUUUACUAUAUACUGAUUUUUAUAGACAUAAAAAACGUCACACUGUGAAAAAAAUGUAUGAAUGUGUUAUUUGCUGUGAAAAGUUUUCUUUUCAGUCUGCUUUAUUUCAGCAUAAAAUAAUUCAUUGCGGAGGAAAUCAAUAUGAUUGUGAAUUAUGUCAUGAAAAGUUUUCUAAUGAUUUUGAUUUAUCUAAGCAUUUAAAUUUUCACCUUCUCGAGAGGAAAUAUGAAUGUGAUGUUUGUCAUAAAUCAUUUUUUCAGAAGAUUGAUUUACGCAGACAUUGCAAAACUCAUGCAGAAGAAAAACGUUUUGAAUGUAACAUUUGUCAUAAAAAAUUUUCUUUGAAAAAAUAUCUAUCAAGACAUCAAAAAACUCCUCAUGAAUUUAAGGAGUAUGAGUGUGACAUCUGUCAAGAAAAGUUUUAUUUUAAGUCUCAUUUAUAUCAGCAUAAACUAAUUCAUUCUGGGAAACAGAUAUAUGAAUGUGAUUUAUGUCGUAAGAAAUUUUCUAGAAAGAGUUGUUUAAAUACUCAUUUAAAAAUGCAUUUAUUGUGAAAGUCAGCAUAUUUGUGAUGCUUGACCAAUAUAUUUAUCAGGAAGCUUAUUUAUGUUAAGCUUUUUUU